UAUAACCAGUAUGAGGAAAAUGUCUGACUCGUGCUGACUUUAUGUGACUCUAGAGAUAAUAUUAUUAUAAUUAAUAAUUAUCACAUGCAAUUGAUUAGUUCAGUAAUUAGUGGUUUAGAUUGAAAAACAUAAACAAAUGUUUAAGAAUUAUACAUAACAGUGAAAAUAUUUAUGUUAAAAAAAUGGUCGUGUAUAUCAUUCUGCUCACGUUGGUGACCACUCACCACUGUGUGGCUGCCACCGAUAAACUCAACCCUCCGUCACCAGAUAAAGCUACAACUCUGACAUACCCUCACAUGCAGAAGAAGAAUGAUUUUGCCAGAGUUAAGCCCACGGCCACAUGUGGGAUGCGUGAGGAUGGGAAAACACCCUGGCUGGUCAUCAUAAAAGACUUAUCGAAGUCUCAAAAUACUAGCACCGCCAUCCUCCAAGGCAGUAUAGGUGGAGGCACUCUCAUCCACCCCAGCGUGGUGCUCUGCGCAGCACACUCCGCCCAGAGCCCCGCCCCGCAGCUGCAAGUGCUGACCGGCCUCGCUGGAGGAGCCGGAGACAAUGUGCAGAUGUGGAGUGUCAUUGAAACUGUGUUACAUGAAAACUUUAAUCCAAUGAACGCACACAACGAUAUCGCGCUGCUGUUCUUGUCGGAGCCGAUGAAGCUUUCGCGUAGCUUGGGAGUCGCUUGCCUGCCGCCUGCCGACGCGGCGCCGCGCGCGCGCUGCGAGGCUUACGAAUGGUCGCAGACUGGUACCGACGGGCACAGGGGCGUCAAAACGGUGGAUGUACCGGUGCUGAAUCACCAGGAGUGCCAGGAGAAGUACCGGAACACUCGCCUGGGUCGCUACUUCAUCCUCGACCAGUCCUUCAUGUGUGCAGGCGGCGAGCGAGGCAGGGACGUCUGCGCGGGCGACGGGGGCUUCCCCCUUGUGUGUCCAGCUGAGAACGGACGCGUGGCUCAGUUUGGGAUAGUAGUGUGGGACAUCGAAUGCGGUAACCAUGGCAACCCGUCCGUAUAUGUCAACGUGACCAGAUUCCGAGGAUGGAUCGACAGACAGAUCGGCUCGAGAGGUCUCGACACUACCAUCUAUGCGUUAGAACAAUGAAUAAAUACACAAUAUUUAAAAAUAAA